CUUGACGCCUGGCUCGCGGGCACGCGCUCUGGGGGGUCUCACCGAACACGGGCGCCCGCGUCUGGCGCGCGCCCGCGGGGUGGCGCGCACACGUACACAGACCCAAAGUUUGAGCGUGAGGGGGAAAGACUGUGCAGGACCAUAAAUCGUGCGCUCUCGCGGCUGCAGGGGAUGUUGCAAAAGCGUCGUUGAGAAGCCGAAGUCGGUGGUAGCUGAGCUUUUGAUGCUGCACUGGGAGGGAGUCUGCAGAAGAGACCAGCGGCUCUGUAGAACGGUGCAGUUUGGUGUUGCUCUCUCUCGUGGUUGGGUCUCCCUGGGGGGCACCGCUCAACCUCUUGGAUGAACACGGCCAGGUCGCCUAUUUUGUAGUUGCUCUGGUUGCGUUGAACUAACGAGUGAUGUACAAAGCCAGCAUAAAGUCGACGCUCUCUGGGAAAUACAUCGCGCUGCUUCUGUUUAUGUGCUGCCCACUUUUCGGAGAGAUUUCCACAGAUGAAGUUCACCAGUCUGAUCCAAGUGGCUCCAUUGGAACGGGAGGAGACCAACACAGUCCUUUGCCUACAGCUCAAGGCUAUUUUCUGACCUUCCUGGCCCCUGUGAAUAAUAUCACAAUAGUACAAGGCCAGACAGCAACCUUGCACUGCAAGGUUGCUGGGAAUCCACUUCCAAGCAUAAGAUGGCUGAAAAAUGAUGCACCCGUGUUUCAGGAAGCAAGGCGAAUCACAAUAAGGAAAACAGAAUAUGGUUCCCGACUACGAAUUCAAGAUCUGGAUACAACUGACACGGGCUACUACCAGUGCGUUGCAUCUAACGGGAAUAAAACCAUCACAGCCACUGGGGUACUAUAUGUGAAACUUGGUCAAUCUCCUACUCACAGUCCACAUCACAGUUCACACAAUGAUGACAAUGAAGAUGGAUUCUGCCAACCAUACAGAGGAAUUGCCUGUGCCCGAUUCAUUGGAAACCAGAGCAUUUAUGUUGAUUCCCUCCAGAUGCAGGGGGAAAUUGAAAACCGAAUUACUGCUGCAUUUACUAUGAUCGGCACCUCCACCUACCUCUCGGAUCAGUGCUCACAGUUUGCCAUCCCAUCCUUCUGCCACUUUGUGUUCCCACUCUGUGAUGAUAAUUCCCGUAACCCCAAACCACGGGAAUUAUGCAGGGAUGAGUGUGAAGUUCUGGAAAAUGAUCUGUGCAAAACAGAAUACAUUAUUGCAAGGUCAAACCCACUCAUUCUCAUGCAGCUUCAGUUGCCAAACUGUGGGGACCUGCCUCUCCCAGAAAGCCCAGAGUCUGCGAACUGCAUGCGAAUUGGAAUUCCCGUGGAUAGGAUUAACAAGUUUGGCCAUACAGAUCACAACUGUUACAAUGGCAGUGGAGCAGAUUAUAGAGGAACUGUCAGCGUGACCAAAUCUGGAUACAAGUGCCAGUUGUGGAAUUCCCAAUACCCUCACGUCCACCAGUUCAGCAGCUUGGAAUAUCCAGAACUUGGAGGUGGCCAUGCUUACUGUCGAAAUCCCGGUGGGCAAAUGGAUGGACCAUGGUGCUAUACCCAGAGCGAAGCUCGUCUUGAACUCUGUGACAUCCCUGCUUGCCAUCCACGUGAAAAUAGCAAAAUGGAAAUUCUGUACAUCCUUGUCCCGAGCAUUGCCAUUCCAUUGGUCAUUGCUUUGCUAUUUUUCCUUAUUUGCAUGUGUCGAAACAAGCACAAGGCUUCUACACCUUCUCCACAGAGGCGCCAGCUGAUGGCAUCUCCCAGUCAGGAUGUGGAGAUGCCACUCGUUAGUUCUCACAAACAGGGGAAAUUGAAAGAUAUUUGCCUCUCUGCAGUGCGCUUUAUGGAAGAACUUGGAGAGGACCGAUUUGGGAAGGUGUACAAGGGGCAUCUCUACAGCACAGGCCCUGGUGAACAAGCACAAGUUAUAGCCAUUAAAACCAUGAAGGAUAAAACUGAAGUGUCACUGAGGGAAGAAUUCAAACACGAAGCUAUGAUGCGGUCUCGGCUGCAACACCCAAAUAUCGUUUGUCUUCUGGGCAUAGUCACCAAGGAGCAGCCCAUGAGCAUGAUCUUUAGCUACCCCUCCCAGAGCGACCUUCAUGAAUUCCUGGUGAUGCGAUCUCCACACUCAGACGUUGGAAGUAGCGAUGACGACAGGACCGUGAAGUCUGCACUGGAGCCGGCAGACUUUCUGCACAUUGUGACUCAGAUCGCGGCUGGUAUGGAGUACCUGUACAGCCAUCACGUGGUACACAAGGAUCUGGCUACUCGGAAUAUCCUGGUGUGUGAUAAACUCCACAUAAAAAUAUCCGAUCUGGGCAUUUUCAGGGAGGUUUAUUCUGCAGAUUACUACAAGCUGUUGGGGAAUUCCCUUCUGCCGAUCCGUUGGAUGCCACCUGAAGCCAUCGUCUACGGCAAAUUUUCUGUUGAUUCUGACAUAUGGUCUUUUGGGGUAGUGGUGUGGGAAAUAUUUGGCUACGGGCUCCAGCCCUACUGUGGGUAUUCCAACCAAGAUGUCAUAGAAAUGAUAAAAAACCGCCAGGUAUUGCCUUGCCCUGACGAUUGCCCUGCCUGGGUAUACAGUUUGAUGCUGGAAUGCUGGAACGAAUUUCCGUCAAGGCGACCGCGAUUUAAAGACAUCCACGCACGCCUCCGAGCAUGGGAAAAUCUAUCCAACUAUAACAGCUCUGCCCCUGCCUCUGGGGGCAGCAACGCUACACAGACUAGCUCCCUCAGCACGAGCCCAGUCAGUAACGUUAGCAAUGCAAGGUACGUGGGACCAAAGCAAAAGGCACAUUUCCCGCCUCCUCAGUUCAUCCCAGUGAAAGGACAGAUGCGGCCGAUGGUCCCACCACCGCAACUGUACAUUCCAGUGAAUGGCUACCAGCCCGUGCCAGCCUAUGGUGCCUAUUUGCCAAAUUUUUACCCGAUGCAAAUCCAGAUGCAGAUGCCUCAACAGCUGCCCCCACAGAUGGUGCCAAAGACUGGCUCUCAUAACAGUGGAAGUGGAUCUACAAGUACGGGCUACGUCACGACAGCACCCUCCAAUGCUUCCGGUACAGAGCGCAUUGCUUUGAUCCCAGACCAAUCGAACGGGACAGAAGACGAGCUUAAUGGGCCCACUGUUGUGGAUGAAGUACCUCCUCCUGAGAAUCUCCAAGAGGAGGAAAUGUUGGUACCAGAAACAGAAUUACUUGGUGAUGCUGACACUCCGCAAAUUGCUGAUGGGGAAAUAGACACUGAAGCGUGAACCGUUUUCCCCCAAAACACAGAUUGGCCACAACAUUUUCUGGCAAGUUAGCAAGUUAAGAAGAAAUGUGAAACGACAGUGUUAAACCUAUAAUUCUUUUAAUUUUUAUCAAGAACACCUCUGCUCAUUAUUGACAUGGGUUUAAUUAAUCUCUGGCCUGUCUAUUAGUGUUAUACUGCCCUUAAAGUUGUCAUUGGUAAUAAGAAACCCCCUACAUGCAAUUAAUAUUCACUGUUCAGUAGAGCAUAUGCACACAGCAAUGGUGGGCAAUACUGCAAACUUGAACAAAUGUAUUCUGGAGGUUUGCAUCUCGACUGAAUAGGCAGUUUUGAUUUUCUACUGUUGCUAUGCAACUUUACACUGUCAAGCAAUAUCUUGUAUUUAUAAAAUAGUAUCUUAGAUGCUGAGACUGAACUGAAAUGAAACAUGCUUUAUGAAGUAAAAAGUGAUACGUGGGGAAAGGUUACCAAUGAAUAUCCUCCAAUUCUAAGGGGAGGUGGUCUUGUUUGGUGUAUUUGUACAUGUGGAUGGUAGUUACUUCAUUGUCUUCUUGUGAACUUUUAAUUAGAAUGCUUAAGGAAAGACAUUUGGAUAUCCUGACAUUAUUGUGAAUCACAAGCCAUGUCUCAAGCUCCUGAUAAGCCGUCAGCUGGCUGAAAUGAAAGAGGCUGGAUGUAAAUAACCUUUUCAUGGGAAGAAAAAAUGAAAGAGGUUUCUGAAGUAUCCUACCAUUUGACACAAAAAAGAUCUGGUAUGUAGCUAGCUACUGUAUGGCAUAUGACAGAGGAGAUCUGCUCUGUUUUAAAGUGACAGUGAGAAAUGUUACAAAGCAAAUAACACUUCAAUGUCAUGCAUUUACCAGUAACUGAUGGUUUAACUGCCUAACUCUAUUUUCCAUGUAUAAUUUCCAUUUCUAAACACUAAAUAUUCUUUGUAAAUACAAAAAAAAGGUAUUCACUUUAAAAAUCCUGCAAUUUGUGUUACUCUUUUAGGAUUUUGCAAACUGUUGAAAGUGGAGUCUGAUCUUUCCUUUGUUACUUUUUGAAAGGAAUUGUGCUGUACAGAAAAUGAACUUUGCAUUUUUAGACAUCAAGCCUUUAAUUGUAAUUUAUAUUUCAUGAUAUUUGAUAGAUUUCUGACGUAUACCUGAUUAUACAAAGUUUGAUUUUAUAAUUUAACUGCAAACAUGCUAAGUAAAUACAUAUUUCAUUUGAUUUACCCUUUAUUGUGUGGCCUUUAAAUUUCUUGCUUAGUUUAUAAGGAGGUUUUUGCUAAGCACGUCAAAAGAUUUGCAUAACUGUAAUGAGCACACUGUUUAUAUAUUUUGUAAACCAAGCUGCAUAACAUUUCAAAUAAAGUGAUUAAA